AUGAACCCAUUUGACAAGAUUAAAAUGGAUUAUAAUCAAUUUUUACAAUCUGCUUCGUACCUUGAGAGCAUUUCUCAAAUAAUUGAUGAUUCGUACAGACCAAAUUUUCCUCCUGAUAUUAUAAUUGAAGAGUUUGUGACAAGAUUCGAUAGAAAAAAAAGGAUUAGCGAGAAUCGAGGAAAUGCAUUUAUUGUUAUUUAUGGAGAACAGAAUCAAAAAAAAGGAAAGAAUGUUAUAAGGCUUAUUCCGAGAAAACAAUUGUUGGGUGAUGAUAAAAUCAAUAAGCGUCAGCAUCCUGAUGAUGACGAUGUCCAACCACAAAACCAUAAAAGUCGUAUUUCAACCAUCGAAGGUCAAAAUCCUAUAGACGAUGUAUUGUCUUCAUCAAAAUAA